AUGAUGCAAAAGGAUCCGGGCACCACUAACGGUAAUUCUGCUAAGGUUCCAGCCAAGAUGCCAGCCGAGACAGUAGAUAAGAACCUUCCUCAAAGGAAAGGAAAUUCUAAACUCCAACAAUUUCUACGUGAUCAUCAUAUCAACAAUAACGCAGCUUCAACAGAAAAUUCCGAAAAAUUUAAAAUUAAAAACGAUCACAAGCUUGAUGAUAGUUCCACAAUUUCUUUAACGAUUGAAUGUAAAUGUAGUAUUUGA